AGUUGGCAUGAAGUUGAAGCCUGAAGCGGUCAUCAACGGUCAUUUCCAGUCAUUUCGUUUCCGUCGUUUAUUGUUAAAGUUAUUUAUUGUUAUAUUUAAUUUAUUGCUAUAUUUAAUCUAUUGUUUUCAGUUAACUAAAAAGGAAAAUGAGUAACACUGUGUUUUCAUCUGUUAAUGAUUUAUUUAAGGACAAUAUUUCAAUAAUUACGGUGGCGGAUUUUUCGCUCAGAGGGAGGUACUUUGACAAAGAUUCGAGGCUAAAGUUUUUCAGCCUGGAGGAAAUUAUUAAUACUAUAGGGCAAAUGUCUGCUAAAGCUCAAGGUUUAAAAAAAUCUCUUACUUCCUUAGAAAAACUCUCUAUAUCACCGAAUAACAAACUUUACAUUCUUAAAGAUGAAAAGGGUAAUGGGGGUGCCGGUGAAGUGUUAGGAAUGCUAAAAAUUGGCCCUAAGCAAUUGUUCUUACACAGCAGGAAAGGAAAAUUAUCAAUCACUACACCUAUGUGCGUUUUAGAUUUUUAUGUAGUCGAAAAUAGGCAAAGACAGGGAUUUGGCAAAAAACUGUUUGACUUCAUGUUAGAGGAUCAGAAGUUAAAGCCAUAUGAGCUAGCAAUAGAUGGGCCAUCUCUAAAAAUGUUGCAGUUCCUCAAAAAGCACUAUAACUUCAACGAAGUUCUCAAACAAUCCAACAAUUUUGCAGUAUGUGACAAAUUUUUCGAGUCUGCAAACACAGGGUCAGCCAGGCCACAAGAUGAAGUAUUACCAACACCCCAUCCCAGAAGCGAAGCCGGAGCAGUGAUACAUGGCAACAGCUAUUCCGCAAGAACAUUUUCACAGAGAUGCACACCCGGGUUACAAAAUACAGAGCCUACUCGCCGUCCACCUUUGAAAGAAUGGUCAAGUGAAAUCGGCGCGGUGAUCCACGGGGGCAGCAUUUCUAGCUCUGUGUCAAAGAAAAGGCAAUUUUAAUGAAAAAAUUGAACAAAAGUGUCCCAAACCUUUCUUGAAAUGCAUGCACUGUUUGUAAACUAUAAUUUACUCUUGGUGUCAAGAUUGCCUAAUUGUUCCUUAUGUUUGCAAGUCUAAAGCGUGUUUUGUUUUUUUUUUUUGAUUGAUUUACAAAUUUUAUUAGUGUAUAAGUCAAAUACUAAACAGAAAAAAGUUUUGUAGUAAAAAAUUUAUUAAUUUUAUUGUACUUAUACAUACAUAAACAAAAUUAUAC